AUGUAUAUUUUAGGGGAAGAUGCAUCCCUAUAUUCAAGUGGAUCUAUACAUUCGGGUGGAACUGUUUCACCCUCAACAGAAGACUUGGCGAGUGAAUUGCAGGGUCUUUCAGUUGAGGAACGUGAACGACAGAAGGAAGAAUGGAGUGCAGAACUUUCUAAGGUUGAAGAAGAAAUUCAAACACUCAGACACGUUCUAUCUGCCAAAGUUAGAGUCUCACACGAAUUGAAAAGAAAAUUGGGCAUCAGUGUGUGGAAAGAAUUGUCCGAUGAUGUCAAUCAGGGAUUGCGAAACGUUAAGGAGAGUCAAGUAUUCCAAAAAACAGAGUCAGUGUUUAAGUCCACAGCAGAAAAAACAACUAGUAUUCUUGGUGGUUUUGGCAGCGGACUCUCAACUAAGUUGGGACAAAUGAGAAAUUCUGAAAGCUUUAGAUCUCUCGAAGAGAAGGUCGGUUCAGCCUAUGAGAAUGUAAAGACGAAAGUCGUACCAUCCAGGUCCAACUCCAUGCAGAGCUUCGACGAGGCUUUGAGAGAAGCGGAAGCUUCCAGGCGUGCAUCAGCAGUCUCUUCUGCAACAAGUCCAACUAUACCUGAGGACAAAGUUCUUUCAUAGUCUCCUCUCAUUACUCAAACUUCUGUUAUCUCGAUUCCUUGUUCUUUGAGGAGGGUCGAGCGUGGCUGGCAAGUCGAAAUUCAAAAUUCAAAAGCAAAAUCAUUAAAAAAAAAAAAAA